CAAAGAUUUCUGCAGCCAGUUAUGCCUGUCUUCUUAUGAACUAAAGAAGCCUGUUGUUACCAUAUACACCAGCGGCAUUUCAACUAAGUGCACCAUGUGUCAGAAGGUCACUGACGUAAGUGCUAGUCAUGUUUCACAUUCAUUGGAAUUCUGCUCAGAGACACGGUAGUUUUUCUUCUUCUCCCUCCCUCCCUUUCCCCCUGUCUUUUAAAGACAGUAUCUUGCUGUGUAACUCAGAUUGGCCUCAACCUUGAGGAUAUCUUGCUGUUUUAGCUUCCCAAGGGCAGAGAUUACAGUGCUACCAUGCCUGGCUAAAAUCAGAGAUUUCUUUUACAUGGCUCUGCUUAUUUUUUAUCUGUGUAUCUGAUAAUACAGAUUAGAUUUGAAAUUAAAUAUCAAAACCAGGUGUAGUGGCACACAUCUUUAAUCCCAGCACUCGGGAGGCAGAGGCAGGUAGAUCGCUGAGUUUGAGGCUAUUCUGGUCUCCAGGACAGCCAGGGCUACAUAGACAUUGUCUUGGGGGCUGGAGGAGAGAAAAAGGAGGAAGUGGAUGAAGAAGAAAUCAAUCAAAAUGUGGCACAACGUCUUUGUUGUGAUGCUUGUUUUUCUACAAUUCACACAACUAACAGCCUCACUGCGAACAGUUGUGAGCACUAUGGCCAUGGAGCUAUUGUUAGAGUAGCUCUGCCUUCCUGUCCCUGAUGGGUGUACCAGCAGCUGUGAGUUCCUGUUGUGGGACUUGUAGGCUCUUCCCUGAGCUGGCUGUGCAAGGGUGAGUUGCAGCAUGAAGAUGGAAGUUCCCUUCUGUUCAUCCUGGUGUGAUCUUCUCUCCAGGGAAAGGGGACAAACUCCACAUGGGAUUGUUGUGUAAUGACGUGAUUAAGAUGAAACAGGCCACUUUUAAAAAAUUCUAUUUUAUUCAUGACUCAGAACUUACAAAUGACUUGUGGGAAAUAUUGAUACUGAAAACUCCUUAUAGAUGCACCAAUGAGCAAGAAUUAAAAGCCAAAAAAUGACUGAAACUAAAGGAAAUUCUAUUAUUUUUUCUUUUAAGAUGUAAGAUUUGAAAUGAAUUCUUAGUUGGUUUGGUACUAUCAUUGUAAUACUUCAGGUUCUAAUUAUUUAUAAUAAAUGAUAGUCUGGUUAAAUAUAUCUGUUUCAGUUUUAAUUAUUACUGCUUGAGAUUUCUCUUUAUUCUUUUUGUGUGCGUUUAUAUGUAUAUGGGCAUGCGUGUAUGAGUCUGAGGUUGGUGUUAGGAGUCGUCAUCAAUUGCUUUGUACCUUCUUCGUUGAGGUAAAGUCUCUCAGUUGAACUCAGAACUCAUCAAUUCAGCUAGUCUAAUUAGCCAUCUUGUCCUGGAUAUCUCACCUCGGCCUUCUAAAUGCUGAAAUUACAGAAUAUGGCCCAGAAGCCACUCUAUGCCUUGGGGAAUUCAAUGAAGCCGUCUGCUGAGACGAGUGAGAUUACAGAUGACCCAGGAAAAUCAGAGGUUUUCUGCUCUAUUAAUUGCUUAUCUGCUUACAGGAUUAAGACAGUUAUUUCUUCAGGUCUCCAGGUUUUAUGUCACAGUUGUAAAACCGCAGCAGUUCCUCAGUAUCACGUAGCCAUGUCAGACGGAACUAUUUGCAGUUUCUGUAGCUCCAACUGCGUGCUGGCUUUCCAGAAUGUGUUUAACAAGCCAGAGGGAACAAACUCUUCAUUGGUACCCAUAUCUCCGGGCCAAGAGGUGAUGAGCACACCCUUGCCGCCUGCAGUAUCAGCAGGAAAAGGUGCCCCCGUCUCCUCCUUCAGUAGCCCCAUCAGCAAGCCUGCAGCAGCUGCUCUGGAAACUCUUGCUAAACAGUCCCAGCAGAUUGCUUUGACCCAUACGUUCAUGAGACUCAGGUGCCAGCAUUGUAACCAUCAUUUUGCCACAAAACCAGAGCUGCUUUUCUACAAGGGUAGAAUGUUUCUGUUUUGUGGUGAGGUUUGCUGUGAAGAAUACAAAAGGAGAAAUAAAGUUAUGGCUUUGUGCGACUACUGUAAGAUAUAUAAAGUCAUCAAGGACAUUGUGCGGUACUCAGGGGUUGACAAGCCAUUCUGUAGUGAAGUUUGCAAGUCCCUCUCUGCUCAAGACUUUGCAGAAAGAUGGACAAACUGCUGUAAGAUGUGCAGUUACUGCUUACAGACAUCUGCAAAUUUUGUAGAAAAUCGACUGGAUGGCAAGCUUCAAGUUUUCUGUUGUGAAGAAUGCAUGUCCAAGUUUACAGCUCUGUUCUAUCAGAUAGCCAGGUGCGAUGCUUGUAAACGUCAGGGUAAGCUAAGUGAAUCCUUGAAAUGGCGAGGCAGCAUCAAAUACUUCUGUAACCUGUUCUGUGUCUUGAAGUUUUGUCAUCACUAUAGUGUGAAUGACCCAGUUCACAAAAAAGUAAUUGUGCUCCCAAAGUCAGUAUCAGUAAUUAUUCCUAAAGCACAAAAUGCUUCGACGACACUCGCUUCUCCAAGGAUUCCUACAACACCAGUUAUUACCAGUGUGAUAUCGUUGGCAAAAAUACCUGCUCUCCAGCCUACCACGAACACUAACAGUGUUUUAACAGGUGCAGGCCCUAAAGAGGUAACAGAGAUCAUUGGAAAUGGAAGUACACUGGCAGCUGAAGAGAGACUCCAGUGUUUGCAGCCUCCCAAGCUUCAGAAGAACAAAGGCAUAUUGUGCAGGCCAGGCACACAGACCAAAGCUACCUCUUGCAGACCACACACCUACCAUGUUGCAUGCCAGACAGAUUUACCUCUGCCAAAUGGGGAAAAUGAAGAACCUGAUUCUCCACUUGCAAAGAAGAAAAGAGUGGACUCUUUCCAGACUUGUGAUGCAGAAUAUAUAAAAUCUGGUUUUAUUAUCUGUUCUGGAUCCGAGGAAAGUCCACCAAGAGCACAGUGUGUCAUUUGUGGAGAGAUCUUACCUCAAGAAAGCGUGAUGUCAGUCAGUCUCUCUAAUCAUUUGAAGGCAAAACAUUCUGAGUUAGAGGACAAGCCAGUAGACUUUUUUAAGGAAAAAUCACUUGAAAUCGAAUGUCAAAACAGUCCUUUAAACCAGUGUUUACUGGUUGAAGAGUCACUUGUGAAAGCUUCUUAUUUAAUUGCUUUCCAAAUUGCUGCCAGGAAGAAGCCGUUCUCCAUCGCUGAAGAAUUAAUCAAACCGUAUUUAGUAGAAAUGUGUUCAGAAGUUUUGGGUUCAAGUGCUGGAGACAAAAUGAAAACCAUCCCUCUUUCCAAUAACACAAUUGGAUGCAGGAUCAACAAGCUGUCUGCAGACAUUGAAGACCAGCUGGUUCAGAAGGUCAGAGAAUCCCGGUGGUUUGCCCUUCAGAUAGAUGAGUCAUCGGAGACCUCAGACAUCACCCUUCUCCUCUGCUAUGUUCGCUUCAUCGAUUAUGCAUGUGGUGAUAUGAAAGAAGAAUUGUUAUUUUGUACUGAAAUGUCUUCUCCGAGCACAGAUCUUGAAGUGUUUGAGUUAAUAGAUAAAUAUAUUGAUAGUAGAUCUCUGAGUUGGAACCAUUGUGUUGGUUUCUGUACUGAUGGGGCCACAAGCAUGACUGAUAGAUGUUCUCAUUUAAAGUCAAAAAUUCAGGAAGUUGCCAAGAAUGCAGUGACUUUCACACACUGUUUCAUUCACCGUGAACACUUAGCAGCCGAAAAGCUAUCUCCAUGCUUACAUGAAAUCCUUUUGCAGUCAGCACAAAUUUUAAGCUUUGUAAAGAACAGUGCCUCAGAUUCACAGAUAUUGACAACUCUGUGUGAAGAGAUGGGAUCGGAGCAUGUGAACUUACCACUUAGUGCUGAAGUUCGUUGGCUGUCGAAAGGGAGAAUUUUAACAAGAUUAUUUGAACUGAGACAUGAAAUUGAAAUACUUUUAAAUCAAAGGCAUUCAGAUUUAGCCAGAUAUUUUCAAGACAAGGAAUGGGUUGCAAAGCUAGCCUAUUUAGCAGAUAUGUUUUCACUUAUAAAUAAGUUAAAUUCUGCUCUCCAAGGGACCAUGGCUACUGUUUUCAAUUUGUAUAACAAAGUCGACAUGUUUAAGAACAAGCUAAAGACGUGGGUGAAGCGCACACAAGAGAAUGACUAUGACAUGUUCCCUUUGUUUUCCGAGUUCUUAGACUCGUCAGAUGUGAGUGUGAGAAGCAUCACUGGCGUUAUUGUUGAGCACUUAGAAGGACUUGCUCAGGUUUUCCAUGACUGCUACCCCCCAGAAGAGGACUUACGUUUGGGAAAUCUGUGGCUCGUCGAUCCCUUUGCCAGUCACCAGAAUAACAACCUCACUGACUCUGAAGAAGAAAAAUUAGCAGCAUUAUCUUUAGAUACGAGUUUACAGUCAGCUUAUAAAUCAAUGUCUGUAACUCAGUUUUGGGUAAGCGCAAAGACAAGCUACCCAGAACUCCAUGAAAAGGCAGUGAAACUCUUGCUGCCCUUUUCCACCGUCUGUCUAUGUGAUGCCACCUUUUCAGCCUUGACUGCAUCAAAACAAAGGAACCUGCUGGGUUUUGGUUCUGCCCUAAGACUUGCAGUCACAUCAUUAGUUCCAAGGAUUGAAAAGUUGGUAAAGGAAAAAGAGUAGUAUCCAUAUUGCUUAUCGUCAGAGUCUUUAAUUUUGUGUUAAAUUUUGUAUAAGUAUCCUAAAAUACAUUUGCUAAUGUAUUUGUAUUUUCAGUGAUUAAAUGUUUCAAUAAUUUUU